AUGGUGCAAGUGAAUUCGGGGGGUCGUUAUGGUGAUUAUGGCGGCGAUUACGGUCGUUAUAGGGGCGGUGGGUAUGGCGGCGGAGGUUACGGAGGGAGUGAGUUAGGUGGGUAUGGUCGCGGUGGUGGCGGCGGCGGUGGUUAUGGCGGGCCAGGUGGCGGGUAUGGCGGUUAUGGUGGGCCAGGUGGCGGCGGUGGCGGUGGGUAUGAGUCGGGUGCGGGUUCAGGUUACGGUGGAGCGGGUGGGCCGUACGGUAGUAGGGCAGGUUAUAGUGGUGGUAGCCGUUACCACCCUUAUGGCAGGUAG